AUGCUAAAGAUGACAGCAUCCAAAACACCCUUCCACUUCGCCGCCGGCCUCGCAUCGGGCCUCACCACCUCCAUCCUCCUCCAACCCGCCGACCUUCUCAAAACCCGCGUCCAACAACAAUCCAAACGAACCGCAUCCCUCGUCGCAACAAUCCGCACAAUCCUCUCCUCUCCAAACCCGAUCCGCAAUCUAUGGCGCGGCACACUUCCCUCCGCACUCCGAACGGGAUUCGGAUCUGCGCUGUAUUUCACUUCAUUGAAUGCAUUACGGCAGGAAGUUGCGCGACGCGGGCCGGCGGCGAUACUUCUUGACGGCAGCAGCACGAAAAACACAUCAUCUGCGUUACCGAAACUCUCGCAUACGGCAAACUUACUCACGGGUGCCGUGGCUAGGACAACAGCUGGGUUUAUAAUGAUGCCCGUCACCGUGCUCAAAGUCCGCUACGAAUCAGACUAUUACGCCUACCGCAGUCUUGCCGGUGCAGCGAAGGAUAUCGUCCGCACGGAAGGAGUGAGAGGUCUAUUCGCUGGAUUCGGCGCAACGGCUGUGCGCGAUGCGCCGUAUGCCGGGUUGUAUGUUGCGUUUUAUGAGCAGCUCAAGCGGACGUUUGGGCGAUUACAGCAUUCCUCCUCUACUCCCUCCUCGGAUAAAACGAAUAAUACGUCUUCGACGACGAUAAAUUUCGCCUCUGGCGCGCUUGCAGCUGGUCUCGCAACAGCGCUCACCAACCCGUUCGAUGCAGUCAAGACGCGCAUCCAACUUCAGCCUGGGAAGUACAGGAAUAUGAUCCAUGCGCUCAGAUUAAUGAUCAAGGAGGAUGGGGGAAGGAGUCUGAUGAGUGGGUUAGGUUUGAGGAUGGGGAGAAAGGCGAUAAGUUCGGCGCUGGCCUGGACGGUGUAUGAAGAGUUGAUUAUGCGGGCGGAGAGGAGGUGGGAGGCUCAGGCCAGGGAGAUGAAGAUUUAG